ACUGCUCCUUCCAUUUAUCGUGGCUGAGUAUGCAGGUUUGAGUUUAAGGAGACUAUGUGCGCGCUGUCUUGUUGUUAUUUUGUUGCAAGACUCUAUCAACUGCAACAUCUGAGUAGAUCUUCUUCAGUGAUGUCAAAGUUCGAUGGAAUUCUUGAACACUUGAUGUUAGCGAUCAUACUGUCAUGACCAUUCCCGCGCACACGUUGUCUUGGCGAUAAUGCAUGACCAUGUGCAUUAUUGGUCCAAGCACACUCCUUCACUGUUGCCAUGCUGGUCCAUGCGCUUACUUCUAUACUUGCUCUUGUGUUCUUCUCUAUCGUUGUCCUUCCUCCUUUUAUUGAUCUAUGCGUUACCUCAUGUUAUGCUCUGCAUUUCAUUUAUUUAUUUUAUUUUAUUGUCGUUGUCUAUUCUGUUUCGCAUCUUUUAGUAUAAAUACCCGAUCUCUUUUAUGAAAUAAACCUCAGUCAAGAAUUGUGUGUAUU